AUGGUCAGGGCUCUGGAGCUUAUGUCCAACAACGACUUUCAUAUUAUUGCGCAAAUCAUCCCAUUGGCAUUCUUGUAUUCUAUCAACACACCAGUUCUCAAUUUUGCCAACCAAGGAGACCUAUGUACAACGAUCUCAGGAUCUACACUCUUUCACUGCUCAGAACUUGAAGCCGACAUAACUACAUGCCAACAAACAUAUAAUAAGACAAUUUUACUCUCUGUUGGAGGGGCGACUUACACUGAAGGUGGUUUCACGUCUACAGCAGCUGCCAUCACAGCCGCGAAUAAUAUCUGGUCAUGGUUUGGACCCUACAGCUCAGGAGUAGUCCGACCAUUUGGUACCGCUGUUGUUGAUGGCUUUGACUUUGACUUCGAAAGCACGGUAUCCAACAUGCCGGCAUUCGCGAAUCAACUUCGCUCACUGAUGGACACAGAUAAUUCCAGAACAUGGCUACUGUCUGCCGCUCCACAAUGCCCGUACCCUGACGCAGCAGACGGACCCAUGCUAAAUGGAGCAGUAUCAUUCGACAUUGUCUGGGUGCAAUUUUACAACAACUACUGCGGAGUCCAAUCCUUCGUCGCUGGCUCAUCCACCCAAAAUAACUUUAACUUCGAUACAUGGGACAACUGGGCCAAGACCGUAUCCCUCAACCCUAAUGUCAAAGUCAUGCUCGGCAUACCCGCCAACACUGGUGCUGGUGCUGGAUAUACUACUGGCUCCGCUCUUGCAAGCGUAAUUGCGUAUUCCAAGAGCUUCUCGAGUUUUGGUGGUGUGAUGAUGUGGGAUAUGAGUCAACUUUACGCAAAUGCUGGAUUUCUCGAUGCGAUCAAUGCAGACCUUGGUAACCCAGCGAUCACGGUACCAGUUACUACUAGCACUACUACUAGCACACCCCCAUAUACUACUACUACUGCUACGACGACAACCCCUGGUACGACUCUCACAACUGUGACAACUACUAGUGCGACUCCAACCUCUACAGGUGGCAGUGGACUUGUUAAUGAGUGGAAUCAAUGUGGUGGACAGGGCUGGAAUGGAGGAACCGUCUGUGUUCCUGGAACAACUUGUGUUGCCUACAGUAUUUGCUUUUUAUUACAUAUUACAAUUUACUAUUACUAUAAUCCAGGAAGUGAAAAUUUCAGAUUGCUACUCACCAAUAUUCUUCAGAUCCUCAAUUGUUGUAAUAUUCGACUUCUCUUGGAGACCUAUACAGGGAAUAGGUUCUUGAAAAGAUUUCUGAUUUCAAGAUCAAAGAUCGAAGUUCAAUAUUCUCAAAUUUUUCCUUUUGCUAUCAAAGCUUUUGAAUUCGAUUUCGAUUUUUUCGAUAAUUACCUGCCAUUACUGAAGAUUGAAGAUGUCCUCCUCGAUCGGCAGCGUGCCUUAAAAUUCACUCUUACAAUCCAAAAUUCCUUGUCAUUCCUCAAAUCUGCCUUCGCCAACAGAGGCUCAACUGCGAAUAAACUCUGGCCGAUACACAUUUUUUCGCAAUCCCAGACACCAGAUAGGGUGUUAGACAGCUGGAAACAGGAUUCAUUGCCGUCACUUAGAAAGGCAAUAUACAAUCAUCCAGAUACUUUCCUCGUAUCUUUCGUUGCAGCUCUUCCUGCACUCAACGGCCUAGCGAGUGAUCAAGAAAAAAACAAAGAGACAGAUCCUCCAGAUAUUAAACUUUAUGAGAUUAUCGAGCAGCUGGCACCAAUGGAAGUUUGUUUAUUGGAUCUUUUAUUUUGUGUGGUUUCGAUAGCACUAAGGGAAGGAAUGGGAAAAGUCGGAAAAUUGAAGUAUGGAGAAGCAAGUAAUCACAUUUGUGGCGGCUGUUGCAUUGUAUACAAUGCAUGCGUCGCAGUUGCCUGUGACGCAAGAAGUGCUGCCACAGCAGGCGUUAUUGAUGUUUAUAGAUAA